CUUUCCUCUCUCACCACCCCAACCCAAAAGGCCAAAGCCUUCAAAUUUUCCCUCACUUUCUCUCUCUUUCUCUUACUUGCUCUCAAAUUAUUGGGUUUGCUCCACUUCUUCUUUCAAAAAUAAAAAAUUUACUGGUUCUAGGUUUUGGGGGGGGUCUACAAGCUGCAAAAUUUUGCUUCUGUGGAUACUUUUUUUUUCGGAGUGAUCUUUCAACAACUACUGAUCAUGGAGACUCAAAAUCAGCCAGAGUUUAGUAGACAGAAAAGGAUGCUUCCUCCACCCCCUGGAAAUUUUCAAGAUCGUGAGGAGCUCAUUAAACAUGUGCGUGAUUUUGGGGCUUCCCAAGGUUAUGUAGUGACUAUUAAGAAGUCUAGGAAGGACAGAAGAGUCAUCCUUGGGUGUGACAGAGGAGGUGUAUAUCGCAAUAGGCGUAAGAUUGAUGAAAGUAAACGCAAAAGGAAAGCAUGCUCAAGGCUUAUCAAUUGUCCUUUUGAAGCCAUAGGUAAAAAGGAAGAUGAUGCAUGGGUUCUCACCGUAAAAAACGGGGAGCAUAAUCACGAGCCUUUAAAAGAUAUGUCAGAGCAUCCUUAUAGUCGUCGUUUUACUGAGGAAGAAGUUAGGCAAAUCAAAUUAAUGACUGAAGCUGGUAUAAAACCACGCCAAGUGCUCAAGGCUUUGAAACAAAGUAACCCAGAGUUGCAGUCAACUCCAAGGCAUUUGUACAACCUUAAAGCUAAGAUUCGUCAAGGGAAUUUAUCAGAGAAAAGUUUCAAAUCAUGGAGGCCUAACAGAUCUGUUCCCAUAAACCUGAAUGGAACUCUCACUGGAGAGUUGUUAAAGCAAAACAACCAGCCGGUGAAAGUUCCUAAUUUUAUUGGAGGGAAAUUUGUGGAUUCACAAGGGUCCAUGGUCAUUGACGUAAUUAAUCCAGCAACACAAGAGGUUGUUUCUCAAGUUCCUUCAGCUACCUACGAAGAGUUCAAAGAUGCAGUUAAUGCUGCCAAGCAAGCUUUUUCCUCUUGGAAGAAUACACCAGUUACAACCCGCCAGCGCAUCAUGUUCAAGCUCCAGGAGCUCAUCCACAGCAAUAUUGAUAAGCUUGCAAUGAAUAUCACGAUGGAACAGGGAAUGACUUUAAAGAGAGCCCAGGGUGAUGUGUUGCGUGGUUUAGAGGUUGUUGAACAUGCUUGUGGACUGGCAACUCUGCAAAUGGGGGAGUUUGUCCCGAAUGCAUCUAAUGGCCUUGAUACGUACUGCAUUAGAGAACCACUCGGCGUGUGUGCUGGGAUAUGUCCCUCCAACUUUCCUGCAAUGAUCCCUUUGUUGGUGUUUCCUAUUGCAGUUUCAUGUGGCAAUACAUUUAUUCUUAAGCCAUGCGAAAAAAAUCCAGGGGCUUCAAUGAUCCUUGCAGCACUAGCAAAGGAGGCUGGUUUUCCUGAUGGUGUCUUAAAUAUUGUUCAUGGCACCAAUGAUAUUGUCAAUUAUAUUUGUGAUGAUGAGGAUAUAAAAGCUAUAUCUUUUGUUGGUUCGAACACAGCUGGCAUGCAUAUAUAUGCUAGGGCUGCUGCUAGAGGGAAACGUAUUCAGUCCAAUGUAGGAGGCAAGAAUUAUGCAAUUAUCAUGCCUGAUGCAAGCGUGGAUGCUACUUUAAGUUCUCUAGUUGCAGGCGGAUUUGGAGCUGCAGGGCAGAGGUGCAUAGGUCUAAGUACAGCAGUUUUUGUUGGAGGUUCAAUGCCAUGGGAAGAAGAACUUUUGGAGCGUGCCAAAGCACUUAAAGUGAAUGUAGGAUCAGAUCCUGGUGCAGAUGUAGGUCCAGUGAUUAGUAAGGAGGUAAAGGAUCGCAUAAAUAGAUUAGUUCAAAGCAGUGUUGAUGGUGGUGCUAGACUUCUUCUAGAUGGGAGAAAUAUUGUGGUUCCUGGUUAUGAGAAUGGGAAUUUUAUUGGUCCUACUAUCAUAUGUGAUGUUGCAUCCAAUAUGGAGUGCUGCAAGGAAGAAAUGUUUGGACCGGUUCUCCUUUGUUUGCAGGCUGAGAGCCUAGAAGGGGCCAUAACCAUUGUAAACAGAAACAAGUCCGUGAAUGGAGCUUCUAUAUUCACAACAUCUGGCUAUGCUGCAAGGAAGUUUCAGAAUGAAAUCGAGUCUGGCCUGGUUGGGAUCAAUGUUCCUGUUCCCAUUGCUGUUCCAAUGCCUUUUUCCUCUUUUAAUGGACCAAGAGCAUCUUUUGCCGGAGAUCUUAAUUUUUGUGGAAAGUCAGGUGUGCAUUUUUACACCCAGAUCAAAAUGGUGGCACAGCAGUGGAGGGAUUUACCAAGCCUAGGAUUGUCCUCAGGUUUGCAUCUAUCGUCAGAGACAGAUAUGACAAGCCGAGGAGUCUCUUCAGCAUUGCCUCCAUCAUCAGAGAGAGAUUCACCAUACCGUAGAGUUUCGCGCGCCAUGUCUCCAGAAUCAGAGGGUAAUUCACCAAAUCAUGCAUUGUUGCUUUCUGUUGCUGCAACUUCAGAGAGGGAUCUAUCAAACCCAGUAAUUACAUCUCUGCCUCCAACUGCUGAUGGUGAUUUACCAAAUCAUGGAGCAUCUCUCCUCAUACCUCCGACAUCAGAGAUGGAUUUGGAAAACCAAGAUGCAUCCCUAACCGUGCCAUUAGGAAGAGAAACAUCAAACCAAGGAGUGUCAUCAGCAACAUCCCAUCAAUCUCAAAGGAUGUAUACGUCACAAACAUCACAGUGGAAUGAAAGUCCGACACUAGCAUCUCAAAGAAAUGAGCCUAUUCCUCCACCCUCCGAGAGGAUUAAUAUACCUACAACAUCUAAGAGGAAUAGCAAUGCAGCUCCAACAGUUCAGAGGUCGGACACUGCAAUAGGUUUAACUCAUGAGCGAGUGUAUUUGCCUACAUCCCAUAAAAGUGACAGUAUGGUUCCCAUUUCACAUAGGAAUGAAAGCAUGUCUCCAACGUCCGAGAGAAUAUAUAUGAUGGCAACUUCUCACUUGAGCGACAGUAUGGGUCAAACGUUUCAGAGGACUGAUGCCCCAAUGUUUCCAACUUCUGAGAGGAUGUAUGUACCUCCCACUGCUCACAGGACCGACCACAUGGGUUCAACUUCUCAGAGGGCUGAUGUUGCAUUACAACCAGCCGCCGAGAGGUUAUACAUGCCUGCAACAUCUCAAAGGAAUGAUAACAUUGCUUCGUCUUCUCACCGGGCUGAUAUGCCCCAAAAUUCCGAGAACCUGUAUAUGUCUCCAAUUGUUCAGAGAAAUGCUGGUAUGCCGCCAACAUCUGAGAGGUUAUAUAUGCCUGCAACAUCUCAGAGGGUGUAUGCUCAAAACACAAUAAUUUCAAUGGAUGAUUAUCCCAGCCAAGGACCACCUAUGACUUUGCCUACGUCACAGAGGAUAUAGGAUAAUUAUGUUUUCUCCUUUUUAGUUUUCAUUUUAGGAAACCUUUGUAGACAAAUCAGUAUAGUAAUAAUAAUGCCAAUUCAGGUUUAUAUC